AUGCUGGAGAAGCAAAAUUUGAAUUAUCUUUUAGUAACUGAAGAACUAAAUUCAGAAAAACGAAAAUUCCUGAAAUCUGUAGAACAUUUGAAGUGUUUGAUGAACAUGGAACUAGAUUACGUUCAACAGCAGAUUAACUUAACGGAGGAUAUAAUCAAAUGGAAUGAAGCAAGGGAAGUAGAACUGAAAAAAGUUUUUUUCAAAAUUCUUAACGAAAACAUGCGUUACCUACUCUCCUCAGAGACUGCACUACAGAUAUUUAAUUACGUUGAAUUUGCAUUUAAUCAAAUCAUAGCGCCCAAUGAUACAAAUCUUAGUCCAUUAGAAAUGAUGUUUUGUCUUGAACGAGAAUAUAAUAAUAUUAUGCUAGACUUAUCAGCGUUCGACUUGGACGACAUAAAGUCUACAGAAAAAGAAAUAUACGAAAAGGGAGUAAAUGAAAUUAAACAGGCGAAGGUCGCAAAUAAGCUUUUAAAGGAUAUUGAUAAAUUAAGCAAACGGUUAAAAUCUGCAUAUGAACCAUCUAAGCGUACAUAUAAUUAUUAA